GCAGAUUGACGAUGACUUUUGAGACUUCUUUCUUCAUGCCACACUUCUGCUUCGGAGGAAGAAGUGUGUUGUGAUCGUCGUGAAUUUGUGUAUAAACGAUCGUUUUAAUUAAGUAGAUAAUAUAAAAAUUCGUUAUUAGCAUGAUGUGUUAGUGUAAAUAGUUGUACAAACUUUAUAACAAAUUAGUGCUUAUGUUUUUAUUGUAAUCGAUACGUCUAGAAGUAAUUUCUUACAAUGAUAAAAAUGGAAACUGAUAAAAUUGAGGAAUCAACGACCAAUAACACUCAGUAUCCAAUGACAAUUUUGCCACCAUAUGAUACAGCUCGAAAGAAAGAACCUUCGGCAACAUUCAACACGGAGAGAGAAGCAUGUCUGAAAUACUUUGAGAAAUGGAGCGAAACAGACCAGGUGGAAUUUGUGGAGAAUCUGCUGGCCAGGAUGUGCCACUAUCAACAUGGUCAUAUAAACUCCUAUCUCAAGCCCAUGUUGCAGAGGGAUUUUAUUUCUCUAUUGCCAAAGAAAGGUCUGGAUCACGUGGCAGAAAAUAUUCUGUCAUACUUGGAUGCAGACAGUCUCAGAAACGCACGAUUAGUUUGUAAGGAAUGGUUCAGAGUGAUCUCGGAGGGUAUGUUAUGGAAAAAACUAAUUGAAAGAAAAGUCAGGACGGACUCUCUAUGGAGAGGAUUAGCUGAAAGGCGAAAUUGGAUCCAAUAUUUGUUCAAACCGAGGCCAGGAGAAAACCAUCGUCCUCCAGAUUUCUAUCGAGCUCUAUAUCCGAAGAUAAUUCGAGAUAUCGACAGCAUCGAAUCCAACUGGCGAAAUGGAAAGCACAUUUUGCAACGUAUCAACUGUAGAUCAGAAAACAGCAAAGGAGUGUAUUGUCUACAGUACGACGAUCAGAAAAUUGUAUCUGGUUUAAGGGAUAACACGAUUAAAAUAUGGGACAGAAGUACUUUACAGUGUACCAAAGUGCUGAUUGGGCAUACGGGGAGUGUAUUGUGUUUGCAAUAUGAUGAUAAGGUUAUAAUAAGUGGAUCAAGUGAUUCGACAGUAAGAGUGUGGACUGUAAAUACCGGCGAAAUGGUAAACACUUUGAUUCAUCAUUGUGAGGCCGUCCUACAUCUCAGGUUUAACAAUGGGAUGAUGGUUACUUGUUCAAAGGAUCGUUCCAUUGCAGUAUGGGAUAUGACAUCUCAAUCAGAAAUAACAUUACGUCGAGUAUUGGUGGGGCACAGAGCGGCUGUGAAUGUCGUGGACUUUGACGAAAAAUACAUAGUGUCCGCGUCGGGUGAUAGAACUAUUAAAGUGUGGAAUACGUCGUCGUGCGAAUUUGUUCGAACUUUAAAUGGGCAUAAACGGGGUAUUGCUUGUUUGCAAUAUAGGGAUAGGCUAGUGGUUAGUGGUAGUUCUGACAACACCAUAAGAUUAUGGGAUAUAGAAUGUGGAGCUUGUUUGAGAAUAUUAGAAGGUCAUGAAGAGCUUGUUAGAUGUAUAAGAUUUGAUUCCAAACGCAUCGUUAGUGGUGCUUACGAUGGCAAAAUUAAAGUUUGGGAUCUAUUGGCAGCGUUGGAUCCUAGGGCGCCGACGAAUUCUUUAUGUUUAAGGACUUUAGUGGAACACACUGGUCGUGUUUUCAGACUACAAUUUGACGAAUUCCAGAUAGUUAGUAGUUCGCAUGAUGACACUAUUCUCAUCUGGGACUUUUUGAAUUCUGUACCCGACCCCAAACCUAAAACUAGUGAGCCUAAAUCUCCAUCACCGUUUAAUUCGUACGAGUGAAUCUUCAAAACAGAAACGUUAACUAUGGUUGUAUAGACAAAUAAAAUUAUAUUUAUUCGUGAUUUUCAGUGUGUCUCAAGAUGGGACAACGAUCUGUAAAAUGCCUGAAUGAGGUCUGCAAGUAAUGGUGACUAUGAAACUCUUCUUGGAUAUACCUAAAUUAAUUUGAACUUAAUUUUCUAGUAAUCUGUACAUUUUGCAAUUUAUGUAAAUGAUAUAUUCUUUUCGGAAAAUCAAUUUAUACGUUUUACCCAAUUGUUUAGAAGAAAAAGUAUUUAAAAUUAUUGUGUCAGUUAUGAAUAUGCUUUUUAUAUUAAUUCUAUUAUAUGGGGCAUUUUUAAAUGAGGUAUAUUUGAAAUCAAAUAAACGAAAACAUGCAUUUCCAGUUAUUUUAUUCUUCCAAUAGUGCUAGUAAAAUAAUACUUGUAUUAUUAUUUGUUUGCAAUUAGUAAAUUGGCCAGUUUGGUGUAGCUGUACUGAUUCUAAAAAAAAAACAGUAUGAUUUUGGAAUUUGUACUUGGUGCAUUUGAACUUUUGUUCUUCAGCAGUUGUAAAAAAUACAUAAACAACAAAAAAAUGUAUUAAUAAUUAAUACAUAAAGAAAUGAGUUCAACUAAGAAAUAUUUACUCUAAUAACUAAUAAUUGGAACAUUGUUUGUUCGUGAAUGGCAAAUUCUAUCAAAUCGGUGGAUAAUUUUAUUGAGCAGUUAAAAAAUAAAAAAAAAAGAUGGAGGGAGUUUCGAAAUAAUUUAAAAUGCUGAUUGUAUGUUAAUGGUUGCGAAGAGCUGUUGACUGUUGAGUACUUCGAAUGGGAAAGCAAGGCCGAGCAAAUAGGAUAUCAUAAAUGGAACACCUUCGUGUAGGACUAUUACAGUAUUACCAAGAGAAAGUUAUUAAACCAAGUGAAUCUCUGUAUAUAAAAAAGACAAUAGUUAAUGAUGACUAUUAAUAUAGCAUGCUUCUAUUGAUUCCGCCUUCCUACAAUAUUCCUUUGAAGAUCUCCAUUUUUCAAUGUUAAAUAAGUUUUCUAUUUUGCUUGUACGUUAUCGUGUCUUAUUUCGUAUUUACUAGUUAUGUCUCGGGACAAGACAUCUCGUAUAGUUUGUCAAACGCAGGAGAGUUUGAAAAUCUUACAAUCGACAUGCAGUGUUAUGGCAUGAUGUAACGGUGUAACGAGACAGUUCGUAACUUCACAAACGGUAACGGACAAUCCGCAACAGCUACAAUUCGUAACGGUGACAAUUGGUAACGUCAAAAUUUAACGAACCAUCAUCAGGAUAAACAUUUUUAACAUAUUUCAUAUAUCGUGGAGAAUUACUUUUUAAAAAUCCUUUCUUAAAAUAAAUGUAAUCUACCAGUAACAGUAAUUUUAUCACUUUAAAGUGAUAAUUCAGAAUACAAGAUUUAAAAAAUAUUCUUUAGUUUCAUAUUUACAAAAAUAUAUGCAGAAAUAUGUGUGAAACAUAUUUAAAAAUAAGAAGUGAUCUUAAAAAAGUACCACUACUUUUAUCGUAGGAAAGUACGUCAUUGUAUUGAGUAAUGUUAAAUUGUCUAAAAAAAACUGGCACCCGGAGGGUGCCGACAGAAGUGAAAACUUCUUUAGCGACGUUGGCUACCACGAAGUACAACGUGUUACUACUGAUUGAAAGAAAGUAUGUAUGCUCAUGAAAGUAUGAUUGAAAAUGUACCUCAGUAGUGAUGUUGAAAAAGUAACUAUUCGUUACAAAGUACUCGUUACUUAGGAAUACCGAAAGUAACGAUUACUAUACGAAGAACCAUUACUUUGAUUACUCUGAUUACUUCGUACCAAUCGUAUCAGAGCGAGUAACGACUAUUGUAUUUACUUUGAUUACUUCGUACCAAUCGUAUCAGAGCGAGUAACGACUAUUGUAUCUAAUUUGAUUACUUUUAUUGCUCUGAUUAUUUCGUUACUUCGUACCAAUCGUAUCAGAGCGAGUAACGAGUACUGUAUAUACUUUAAUUACUCUGAUUACUUCGUACCAAUCGGAUCAGAGCGAGUAACGACUAUUGUAUUUACUUUGAUUACUGCGUACCAAUCGUAUCAGAGCGAGUAACGACUAUUGUAUCUACUUUGAUUACUUCGUACCAGUCGUAUCAGAGGAAGUAACGACUAUUGAAUCUACAACCUGUACACUUGAUUACUUUCUACCAAUCGUAUCCCAGCGAGUAACGGACGGGACCCGUAUUUUACGAGUGAUAUCGAAUAUCGUUAUCGGUUUGAAACGUUUUAAGGGUGUGGGGGUAAAAUAUGUAAUGUAUGUCACUAACAAAGAUCGAAUGCGAGAACCCUAUAUUUUUAUCUAGAUCUAUAUCUAUACCUAUACAAAAUACCUACCUACUGAGAAAUACGAUUCUCGAUAUGAUUACCGGUACUCAAAUACAAAAGUAAUCAUAGUAAUCAAAGUAACGAAUAUUGUAAAUGAUUACUUUAUACAAAAGUAAAGAUUUGUAACGAAUACUCGAAAGUAACUAUAAUAAACAUCACUAUACCUCAGGCGCUUUCUUCGCAAGCGCCUUCGGGUACACACACUAUCUCUCCUCCAACCAUUAUAACUUCGAUCGAACUUAUACGCAAUUCAACUUAUAGUACAUAAAUUACUAAUAUCUCGCCGUAGCGAUGACGGUUGUGAGUUCAAUGCUUUUUCCCUAUCCAAAAAGACGUGCUGUACCUAUAUUAUAUACGUACAGAAUUUAUUUUGACGAAGCGAUGACGGUCGCGAAUUCAAUCCUUUUUCCCCAUCCAAAAAGAGGUGCUGUACCUAUAUUAUAUACGCCUUGCGUGCGUCCUAUACUACUUAUAUAUACAUAUACAUAAUAUAGCUACAUACAGAAUUUAUUUCGGCGAAGCGAUGAUGGUCGCGAAUUCAAUUCUUUUUUACCCAUCCAAAAAGUGCACAACGUCGCUAAAGAAGUUUUCGCUUCAAAAGACUAAAUGUUGCCGUUACGAAUAGGUAUAGUUACGAACUGUCGCCGUUACGAAUUAUCGGCGUUACGGAUUGUCUGUUACCAUUUGAGGGGUUACGAACCGUCGCGUUACGGGAUGUCAUGGAACCAGUUAUGUCUAUUUCCCUAACAUCGACAAAUGUGAUGUAUUAAAAGGUAAGAUUUUAACGUAUUAUUUAACAAACAGUCCAUUUAUAAAAUACAGUGUUCACUUUUUUAUUAAAUUGUGGUAUUAGUCCAGUCAUCGGUAAAAUACAUAAUUAAUGUGUAAUUUUGUUACCCCGGACAGAUUUUCAUAAAAAUUUGGAUUUAAGCUCUAGGUACCCUCUACUCCAAUAUCUACAAUUACUUAACUGGAGUGAGUUUUUCAUUUUUUAGGGGUGAAAACUAAAUAUUCUUAAAGAGGAUUUAUCAUUAAGCAAAAAGAUUCAACCCCCAUAAAUCAUUCCCUGAGGGUAAUCAAUUUUGAAAUGAUUUAAAUUUGUGGCAUAUUAAAUUUAAAUAACGUUAUUUUAAAUGAAAUAUACUAUUUGUAUAAUCGCUUUUUCAAUCUUAAAAAACUAAUCUAAGAAUAUUAAUUUAAAACAAUUUGUUGCUACUAGAAAUGAUUUUAAUUUAUUGAAUUAAGAAUAUUAUCUGAUACCUGAGAGGGCAAAGGGACAUCAGAAGAAGAAGAAGAAGAAGAAUUAAAAAUAUUUCAUUGGUGAAAUUUGUAAUUUUUUAUACACUUCAAUUGAAUACUGAUAGAAAGGAGCGCCAUCAUCACACACGCACGGCUUUAUACACAAACACCCAAAUAUAUGAAUGUUCUUUCCUAAAUGUUGUGUAUAUAUUACUUUACAAAUAUAUACACGCACAAUAGUAGGGAAAAAUCAACACAACGCAUCUGAUAAAUUCCAAAUUUUGGCAAGAAGCGGUUGAUGCAUGUCUUAGCGAAAUAUCGUGUCAUUCGUUUUAAAACCGUUUGAAUUAGAGCGGUACCAAAAUGCGAAUCUUACACUUCUUCCUGUAAAACGGAUAAUAUACGUUGGAGGUCCAAUUUAACCUUUAGUCUCCCACCAAGUUUAGAUUUUUUUUGACAGUUACUUACCAACGGUACUUUUAAGACCGCCUUAUUUUUUCGGUCAUAACUUUUUAAAAUAAGCUAAAAGCAUUGUUUCUUCUCAAAGAUCCUUUAGAGUACCUACAAAUCUUAUUGUGUAUUUAACACGAAAUCGUUUGAAUGACAUCUGAAGUAUUAAACAUCAGCUAUAGCGUUAUUCUUCUUCAGCAUGUUUGCAUCCACUCCUGGACAAAGGCCUCCCCAUGAGUUCUCCAUUCUUCUGUUUUGUGAUAAUUUUAUUAGUUAUUAGAAAAUUCUCAAAUUAGAUCUACUUCAAUACUUGGGAUAUAAGCUUACCAGAAUUUGGUGGUACUCAAAAGUACCGUGGAGAGACUAAGGGUUAAAUAAAAUAGAACGUUCUAGUUUAGAUUUUUCUUAAGGUAGGUAUAGGGGGUAAUAUAUUCCGAAAUUUGAGAUGUUCCAAAAAUUGAGCUUCAAAUGAUAUCAGCCAAACUCCUUUUCUUAAUGAUGUAGGUAGACCGAUUCAGUCUGGCAACUUAAAAAAGGUGCAACUAACGUAAUUGGUGAUAUAAUUGGGACGAUAAAUUUAGAAAAGGAAAAUACGAAAAUACCUACAUACCGCACUGCUAUAUAGAAAAAAAAAAACAUUUAAUUAUUGGUAUCCGUUUGGUGGUUAAGAAGGAUCGGUGUUUUUUUUUUAGUUUUAGUUUUUAAGUCAAUGUUGUGAAUUAAAGAGCUUUCUUUAUAACAACGGAAAAUUGCAGAUGUGGCACAAAUUUGAAUAAAAAAUAAAAUGAAUGAAAGAGGUUAACUCUUAUCAUCCUAAUAUUGCCUCUUAACCUUUUCAUUGCUGAGGAAAUAUACAAAACGCGACCUGGGUGCUAACCUGAUUUUUCGUUGCAUUUAUGCAAAGUCAAACAAAUAAUAACCUCUAAACGAAUGUUGUGCAUAUCUGCAUAUGACGCCUGAAGACGUCAUGCGCACUCUGCAGUAGUAACGGUAUGAUGUUCUUAGACGCCAUCAGCAUUAAAAGGGUUAACGCUUCUUAAAAAAUAUAUUAUUAUAUGUUAAAAAGCUAAGCCAUAGGAUAUUUUCAAAAUUAUAAACUGUCUUUCUGGCUGAAAUUGGGGAUAUUGUGUUGCUGAGGUUUUAAUUAUUUAGAAAUUAACGUUUAUGAUGAGAAAAAUUAACAUAUGUGAUCUCUGAAUUAUCAUAAGACUUUUUAACAAUUUACAAUGGAAUCUAUUUACAAUUUUCGAAUGAAUUUUAUUUGUUUAUAGUAAUAUCUCUCCUAAUCAGUAUUGAGAUUCAAAACCUUUUAAAAUCCAUUUUUAUUUUCUAGUAAUACAAAACAGUAGUGGUUAGAAAAUAAUACCAAGUAAGACUAGUCUAGGUAAUUCAUUGUUUUUAACUUUUAGUAAGUUCUUUUUAAAAUGUUAAUUAUUUCUAUAAUAGCUUAUAGAAAUAUAUUUAACAUGUCUAAGUGCCGAAAUGCUAAAGUUUAUAAACAAUUCUUUAAAUAUAGUAAGAAAAUAAAAGAUAUAUAUCAUUUACAGUUGUUAGCUAGGUUUAUAUUUUCUGCUUUAUGUCUAUGUUGUAUCCCAUCUUCUAUAGAAUAAUUAUAGGCAUAUGUAUAUUAAAUAAUUUAUUUUUGACAUAUUAAAUUUUUUUUAUUUUC